GUGACACUCUACCAGUUACAUGGCAGUUUAUCGGUCCCGCUGUGAUGCAAAGACAUCCUUCCACUUGUCUGUAAAGGCCACAUCAUAAGAUCAUCUUUAUCAUUCAUCUGCUGUUGCUGUUAUUGGCUCCUACCAACAAGAGGAACUCUGGGAAGGGAAGAGAGGAGAGAGGACUGGAACCUCUAUGGUUGGAGCCCGCCUGACCCCCGACCUGCCCUGUCAACACCGAUAAAGAGUCUCCUCCAGCUGGGCCGUCUCACAGACAACCUGCUUCCCACAGACAGGAGGGCUUGGCUGGGCUGGAGCACACAGCAAGGUGGGGUGUGUGUUGGUGGUCCCUCUUCUUUUCUCCUCAAACCCACCUCCCUCUUUUGAGGAUUUAAGACAUCCCACCUGACGUGCCUAAUGCAGGAACGACAACGCGGGCCAACUCGCACUGUGUUUGUCUGAAUGCCUCUCUCCUCUGUCACCGGGGGAAGCAGGGACGUGGCCAACGCCACGAGUACGGCAAGGUGAUUCCAGAGCCACGUCUUGUCUAAAGCUUUCACUUAGUGGUUAGUGAAGUCACUGUGUGUGUGUGGUGUGUGUGUGUUUCAGGAGAUUUACGUGUGUGACACAGAGGACAGAAAUGUGUGAAUUCACAGCUUCCAGAUGACACUCCUCCAUUUAGGAGGGCAAUCUGUCAAUCAGCUGAAUACACCUUCAGUCGUGUCGGCCUCCACGUCAGAAAGAUCUGGUGUGCUGUUUUGGAUGGAAUACAAGAUCCAGCCACACGAGGCUCCAAGAGCUUUGUGUGUGUGUGUGUGUGUGUGUUGCCAUAGAAACAGAAACACACAGCAAAGUAGAAAGAUUGAACCAACUCCAACAGGAAAGUUUCCUUACCAAAGUUACUCACCGUCGUUUAUCACCCCGGCUGGUUGAAGGAUUCUCCAGACACAGGAAACAGAAUGGCCCUGAACCUGGAGGAUUAUUUCAAGACAGUCUUUGAAGAACAACUCUCAAAGAAGGUGCCAGGGAGGGAGAGAGAUCUGAUGACAGGUGCAACGCGUCUGUUGGAGAAACGGAGUGAAAUCACCCAGGUGGACAAACGGCUGAAGACUCACAGAGAGGAGUUUGAGCUGAAAAAGCAAAGUUUCGUACAACAGAGAAAGGAGUUGAUGAUGAAGGAGGAGUCGCUGAAGGAGUCUCUCCUCAAGUUUGACAAAUUCCUCAAAGAAAACGAUGCCAAGCGAAGUCGCGGAGCUAAGAAAGCAGAGAAAGAGAGGGAAGCUGUCCUGCAGAAGGAGGCAGAGAUCGAGAGACUGAAGGACGAGUGUGCGAUCCUUGAGGCCCGAAGACAGACACUGCAGGGCAGAGUGGAGAGGAGCGCCCUCUACUGGAACUUCCUGGAACAAGUCCUUCGAAUGUCAAAGUUCGAGGAGGUUUGGGAGCUGCUGGGUCGCUUCGAGACCCUGGUGACCACCAGGGACCAGCUGAGACAGAGGGAGAUUGAGGUCCAGGAGCAGGUGGACAGCCUGAGAGGAGCCCUCCAGAGAUACACGGACCAGCAGAGCUGUCUGCUGGUGCACAACAACAACCUGCUCUCCCAGCUCCAGAGCCAGCUGGACCAGGCACGCUCAGACGCUCUCCGAUGGGAGAGCAAGUGGAAUCACAUCCAGACCACAGCGGCGAAGGAGACGCUCCUAUUGGGCCAGAUCAAAGUGGUGACCCUUAACCUGUACCACAUGACGGGUGGGCAGACUGACCAGGAAGAGGGUGUGGCCAUUGACAACACGGAGGCGCAGCUAGAUAAGAUACAGCUGUUCAUCAAGGACCAGGCAGCCAUUGUGAGCCACAUCCAAGGUCAGAAUCCCGCAGAUGACAAAGAGUGAGGAGGUGAAAGAUGAUCAAGAAGAUUCCGGAACAAUUCCAGCUGACUGUGUGGAGACUGUGGAGAAAAUGGGACGUCCCACAUGUUGUGAAUGGGCUGUCGACUGUGGAGCAGGGAGGCCUGCCUGGGUUGGCCGUCUGGUUUGGGGCCGUUCCAACCACUGAACAAUCUAAGCUGUGCUGCCACCUUGUGGUUGGGGGGGGGAAAAUGUCUAAUAUGUGCCAAACUCAACUUUUACCACAAUGGUUGUGAUGGAUAUUCAUUCUUUUCAUUCUUUUUUUUUUUACAUAACUCAUACGCAAUUCUGUAAUUUUGUAUGUUUAUUUGCAUAGCUAUUACAAUUGGAAGUUUUCCUUCCAAUUAUUAAUUUGAACUGCUUUAUAUGUUUCGAUCAUGAGAUUCAUUUCUGCAUUUUAUAAUAAACUGAACUGAU